AUGCCUCGCGAAGAAUACCAAGUCCCUUCCGCCGGCGGCACCGCUGUCCGCGGCAACACUCGCGACGACCACGCCUCCCGCUCCGUCAUGACCUAUCUCUGCGGCGACUGCGGGUCGAGCGUCUCUCUGGGCAAGGAUGCGCUGGUUGCCUGCCCUCACUGCGCGGGGAGAGUGCUCUACAAGGAGAGGACCAAGAGAAUGGUGCAGUUUGAAGCGCGAUAA